AUAUUAUGAACAAAUUAGUAAUCAAGACAUAAUUUCAACGCAGUCAGAAAAUUUAGGCUCAAAAAAUAUCGUUGAAGAAGCAACUUUUAUUGAUUAUUACGACUCCUACAUUUUCAAUUAUAAAUAAAGGUACAAAGACUGGAAUAAUUCUGUGUAAAUUGUUGUAAGAUAUUUCAUUUGGUAGAAAUUUUCUCCCAAGUUUCAUAUAGCCCUUUAAAUUCGUUCCAAUAAUGGAUUCGGACGAAGUAGAACAAUUCGAUUACCUCUUCAAAAUUGUACUAAUUGGUGACGCCGGUGUUGGUAAAACGUGUAUAGUUCAACGUUUCAAAAGUGGUCUAUUCAUGGAACAGUACGGUUCAACAAUUGGUGUUGAUUUUACAAUGAAAACAAUCGUAAUUGAUGACAAAAAAAUAAAGCUACAAAUAUGGGAUACGGCGGGACAAGAGAGAUUCAAGACAAUUACUCAAUCCUAUUAUAGAUCUGCACACGCUGUUCUCUUAGUAUACGAUAUUACUAAGGAGAAAUCAUUUGAAAAUAUUGAAAAAUGGUUAGAAGAUGUUCGAAAGUACACUGGAAAUAACGUACUUAAAGUAUUAAUAGGGAAUAAGUGUGAUUUGGAACAAGCUCGACGGAUUAGUACUGAAAAGGCAAAGCUCUUUAGCGAAAAAUAUAAUAUGUUUAGUAUGAUUGAAGUAAGCGCAAAGGAUUGUUGUAAUAUAAAUGAAUCAUUUAUAAAUUUAACUAAGGAACUAGUCUCUUUACAUUCCGAUUCAAAGUUUAUAUCAAACGACAUUAAUCUGGUUCUAGGAGAGAGAGAAAGACAGACAGAGGAGAGAGGGAGAUAUGGAACGAGAGAGUAUAGAUAA